UCAAAACGCAAAGUUUAAAGAAACUUAAUUGAAAAAAAUUAUUAUUUUUGUGCCAAAAAAUAUUUAAAAAAAUAAAAGAAAUUUAAAAUGGCAUUCAAGUUCAUUGUUUUCGCAUCACUCGUCGCACUUGCUGCUGCCCUUCCAGGCUACUAUGACGAACACGAACAACACGAAGCUGAAGGAUAUGAACAUAUUGCUCGCAGUGACUAUGGACAUGAAGCUCAACAUGACACUCAUGAAUAUCAACAUGAGGAUGAACUUGUUGACUAUUAUGCUCACCCAAAAUAUGCCUACAAAUAUGGAGUUAAUGACUAUCAUACUGGAGACAUCAAGUCACAACACGAAACAAGAGACGGAGAUGUUGUUAAGGGAUCAUACUCAUUAGUCGAACCUGAUGGUUCAGUCAGAACUGUUGAAUACACAGCCGACAAACACAACGGUUUCAACGCUGUCGUCCACAAAACAGCCCCAGUACACCAUCAUUAAGGAAGUGAACCCCAAAAAAGUGUCUGUGACACUUUUCCUCACUUACCACUUACCAAAUACUCUUACUUAAUCUUCCUACCAUUAAUUUAAAGUAAAAAAAAAUCGUUAACUUUUCUCGCUCAGAACUAAAAACCAACACAAUCAGAUGCAUUUCAUUGACAUAAAAAAUGAAGAAAAAUUGAAGCACUCAACUCUGUUCAUCGCACAUGUUCAUGUGACAUUAUUUUUUUGUUUUGUUAAUUUUUUGUUUUAAUUUCAAUGCACAUUUUCAAAAUGUUUUCUUCGAGUGCUUCUGACCAAAAAAAAAAUAUAUAUUAAAAUACUGUUGAGUAGAUGAAUAUGAAGGUGCAGUAAUAAUUUAGAAGUUGAGAUAAUUAGGAUGGAAUUUAAUGGCUGAAAUUGAUUGGAAUAGAAGUUAAGGAGAAUAGUUUGUAAUCAGGGAAUGACUGUGAAGAUGUUAAAAUAGUUUUGGAUUGGAAUUGGAUAGUUGAAGGUUGAUUAGAUCAAGAAAAGUUUAUAAUAAUAUUCAAAUAUAAUAAUAUAUGAAUUGAAGAAUUUAAAGAUCCAGGAAGGAAAAAUUCGAAUUUUUGGAUUAAUGAUCAGGAAAGUCAGCUAAAACUACAUCCAGUUGUUUUAUAAGCUUUGAAAAAGAGUUGUUUGGAACUAAAAUUGAGAAGAUUCUUACUUAAACUAGGCUUAGAAAACAAUUUUAAACAUCUAGUAAGAUCAUGCCUCAGAAGUAUCACUCAAAAUCGAAAGUUUUUUCGACUGUGUCUCAAAUAUUGACAAACUCAUGAUGCAAAAUGUCUAAAAGAUUCAUAAAAAAUCAUCAACGCUGCCUUAAAUACAAAUAUCGUCAAGAUUAUUUUGAUUCUAGAAAAUUCUAACCCAAAAAUGCCAAAACAAUCUUCAAUUGCUCAAACAAACAACAUUGUCAAGUUGUUGCUGUCCUCCUACAAAUGCCUGUGAUAUAAGACAUCAAAUUAAAAGUUUUAGGAAGACAUCAGGCAGUUAGCAAUUGAAUCAUAAGCAAGUGCAUGGAUUUAUGAAUCCACAAUUUUCUAAUUUCACUAUUGCCUGAAAAAAAGAGGCAGGUUAAUUGAAAAAUGCACAACAUCAAGUUGCAUUAUUACAUCACAUAUACUUCCGACAAUCGGUUGAGGAACUGGUUCAUCGUUUAUCAUGAUUAUCUUAGACAUGCGGCUGCUGAUGCUGUGGAAAACCGGAAUUCCAAUAGUGGAAUUUCCUGAACUAUUUGCAGCUUGUCCAGCAUCUGUUUAAUGCAUUUUUUCCUAUCCACAAAUGCACAACUUUUUCCUUGUCUACACGAUGAAAUUUUUCUCAAUCCACAAUUGAAGAUUGCAGACAUUUUGCAUAAUAAGAGUCUUUUUCUCAUGCACAACUGGAUAUAAUAUCUGAAACAGUCAACGAACAACAUCCGAAUCAAUUAUGCAAUACACAUUAUUGUUUGCAUAUGUAAUAAUAUUAUAACCAUUUUUAAUUACUCGAUCAAUAAUUAUUGUUGCUG